AUCCGGUAGGGAACAUGGCGAACUAAGAGGAGGGGGAGAAGAAGACUCGUGGAUGAACUUGACAAGAAUACUGAGCAGCAAGUAGUCAGCACUUGCAUUGAAGGCACCUUGAACGUAAUGGCGAGCGCGAGAAGAGCCGGAGUGAGGCGGGUGGUCUUGACUUCCUCUGUCGCCGCUCUGAGAGGAAGUGGACAGAAACCUCGCAAUGGGGAAUUCUUCACUUCGGAUGAUUGGAACACAGUGAGCACGAAAGACGGGCCCGGCAUGGAAGCCUACCAGUACGGAAAGACUCAGUCAGAGAAGGAAGCCUUGCAGUUUGGACGGGAGCAUGGAAUUGAAGUAGUUUCCAUUCUUCCAACGUUUCUCCUCGGUCCUCCUCGGUCCUCAGGCGUCAAGAGUGCGUCCUUGCAGCAAGUUCGCCGAUGGCUGAGAGGGGAGGGCAAGGUGCAGACGAGGCUGAUCUGUGACGUGCGAGACGCUGCUCGGGCUCAUCUCGCUGCUGCUGAGAUGCCGGGAGAAGCGUUGAGCGAGUCCAGGCGCUUCAUCGUUGGGCAGGAGCGUCGAACAAGCGCGGAAGAGCUGCGAGAGCUUCUGAUUCGAGGAUGCUUGGACAUGUCCCUUCCUGCUCCUGUCAGCCCUGCUGAUGACUGGAUCUUCUCUGAGGACCUCAAAGGCGACAAGGAGGUAGAAACUUCUGCUUCCCUACGAGCCCUCGGGAUUGGUUCGGGAGCAGAACACCUGCUUCCUGUCGCACAGACCGUUGGUGAUAUGCUGAAGGUUUUGUUACAAGAGACGGCGAGCUGA